AUGGCGCCAAGUCCUCAGGAGGUGCAGAAGCGGUGGCGGACCUGCGCCUGGGUAGUCUACUUCUUCCUCUUGUCAGGCUACCUGAUUUACUGCGGGUUCUUGAUACAGAAAGCAUACGGUCUGAGCAAAACCCCUCUAGUUGCAACAUCCACAGACAUCAAGAGGACCAUAAAGCUGCCUUACAUUGCGGUGUGCCUCAAUGAACAGGACUUUCUCAGCGACUGCGGACAGGGUUAUGACCUGGAGGGUUUCGAGUCGGUGCAACCCUCCCAGCUGAACCAAGGCGCAACAAUCGACCUUUUCCUAGGACUUGCCGACUCAAAUUAUCCUGCGGAGUUCUUUGGUACAGAUCCCACAAGAUCCCCUAACCGACGCGCCCGCACGCCAUCUACUUAUUGCAGGAAUAGGCAGAGUUCUGCCGGGUUUUGCGGCCCGUCGUGCGACUCAGUUCAAGUCCUCUUGGCAGAAAACAAGGCGGCCAUAGAAGAGAAUCUGGUGGAGCGGGGCGUGGGGACAUAUAAAGCAUUAGCAAAUCAGACGGGACUAGUGCCGAUCGAGGUAACGUACCGGCAACCGUUUUCUUCCUCUGAAGAAAGUGCGUUCUUCAAGCCCGCUGAGAUCAGCGUUCUGACCGGUGACCAGCAGAGGAUCAAUCUGUGCAAUGCCGAAAGCGCGCAGUGUGCUGGAGCAGGGCUUGACGUUUACUACUUGGUUACCGACCUAGACUUCUAUAUCUUGCGGUUGAGGUUAUCGGGCCCAAACCUCGGAGUCGCCAUUCAGCAAGAGCAGAACCCUUGGCUUAGUCUGUUGUCCACCCUUGGGGGCGCGUGGUUUUUGAUUCCACUUGUGUUUGGGAUGAUCUUUGUAUCGGUUGAGUCCGAGUCGAGCGAACGCUUCCAGUUGAUCAAUCGAAGGUGGAUCAAGGACAACCUAGUCACUCCGCUCUCGGCGCUGUUCGUGAAGUUUUGUAGGUCAAGGGUUCGGAAGCCGUCUAAGCAGUUUGACGAUAUGGAUUUGCAACUGAGGGCAAUGGAGCAUGAUGGUCGGGAUGAACCUGUUAAAGUUUAAGCCCGCAAAGACAGGUAAACUUAUGCUUUGCAUGAUUGAUCUGCGCGCCUAUAGAUCUAGUAGCUGCACGUCCAUACUAGUGCGUCAUGCAGGCCAAGACUUUCAUAAUAAACAUGCUCGCUGUGCUUUUUACUCUGAGGCAAUGGCCCG